AUGUCGUCCGACGGGGUUAUUUUCACAGCGCCUUUGUCCCCGAGCUUCGGAUAUGGAAUCAUCCUGGGACUAGGCUUUGCCUUUGCUCUGCUGAUGAUCUUUAUUACUUGGGCAUUGAAACGCUACCAGAACGAAGUCCAAACAUCCGAGAUGUUCUCAACUGCAGGCCGGUCCGUCAAAUCAGGACUGGUUGCUGCCGCCGUCGUCAGUAGUUGGACAUGGGCUGCAACUCUUCUCCAGUCAUCUGCAGUCGCAUACCAAUACGGCGUCUCUGGUCCAUUUUUCUAUGCAUCAGGCGCCUGUGUCCAGAUUCUCCUAUUCGCGACACUAGCUAUUGAGCUGAAACGUCGUGCGCCGAACGCACACACUUUCUUGGAAGUCAUCCGCGCUCGCUACGGAACAAUUGUGCACAUCGUGUUUAUAGUCUUUUGCUUGAUGACCAACAUCCUAGUUACUGCGAUGCUGCUCACUGGUGGUGCGGCCGUGAUGACAUCCUUGACUGGAGUGCCCACUGCGGCAGCCUGCUUCCUGCUCCCGAUUGGCGUGGUAUUAUACACUCUCUUCGGUGGUAUUAAGGCUACUUUUAUCACAGAUUACUUGCACACUGUGGUAAUUCUGGUCGUCAUCUUCCUGUUCGCCUUCUCCGCCUAUGCCACAAACGCUGAGCUAGGGUCUCCAUCAAAGGUGUAUGAUGCGCUAGUUGCAGCCUCCCAGCGUCACCCCGUUGAGGGCAAUGCAGAAGGCAGCUAUCUAACUAUGCGCUCUAAGGAGGGUGGCAUCUUCUGGAUCAUCAACCUAGUCGGAAACUUCGGCACAGUCUUCUUAGACAACGGCUACUACAACAAGGCUAUCGCCGCCAGCCCCGUCCAUGCAUUCCCAGGAUACGUAAUUGGCGGCAUCUGCUGGUUCGCAAUUCCCUGGCUAUGCGCAAGCACAAUGGGCCUCUCCGCGCUGGCACUGGAGGGAACGCAGCGCCUGAGCUCCGGCGACGUGACUGCCGGACUAGUGCUCCCAUUCGCAGCUGUCAAGCUGCUCGGCUAUAGCGGUGCGGUCGCUACAACACUGAUGAUCUUUAUGGCUGUGACAUCCGCGUUCUCGGCACAGCUGAUCGCUGUCUCUUCCAUCUUCACCUACGAUAUCUACGCGGCCUACAUCAACCCCAGCGCUAAGGGCAAGAGACUCGUCUGGAUUUCGCACAUGUCCUGCAUCGUCUACUCAAUUAUCAUGGCGGGCUUCGCGACGGGUCUUUACUACGCCGGCAUCGGCAUGGGAUAUCUCUACCUGCUGAUGGGCGUGAUCAUCUCUUCCGCCGUCUUCCCAGGCGCCAUGACCCUCCUCUGGAAGGGCCAGAACCGCAUCGCAGCAGCGGUAUCACCACCCCUCGGUCUGGCAGUCUCCCUCAUUGCCUGGCUAGUGACCGCAAAGAAGCAAUACGGAAUCCUAACCGUCGACACCACCGGAGCCAAUUACCCCAUGCUAGCCGGAAACGUUGCAGCUCUUCUCAGCCCAGUAGUCUUCGUCCCAUUCUUCACCUACAUCUUCGGCCCACAAAAUUACGACUACGAAUCCAUGCGCGCAAUUCGAAAAGUCGACGAUACAGAAGUCGCCGCCGCCGCUCACGUCGACCUCGAACUAGUUCCCGGCGAGAUGGGUCCCACGCAAGAUGAGAGCGAAGAAGAAACACGCCAGCUCAACCGCUCGGCACUAUACGCGCGUACGUUGACGAUCUUUAUGGCAUUUGCAUUCCUGAUCCUCUGGCCGAUCCCGAUGUACGGGUCGUCGUAUGUGUUCAGCAAGAAGUUCUUCACGGGGUGGGUUGUUGUUGGAAUUAUUUGGUUGUUCUUCACCACGUUUGGUGUUGUGGUGUUCCCGUUGUACGAAGGGCGGGCGAGUAUUGUUCGUGUUGUGCGGAUGAUGUCGCUUGAUCUUGUGGGCAAGAAGCCUAAGGUUUAUCGGGGGACGAAGGAUGGGGCUGAUGAUGUGGCUACGCCUUCUGGGGUUGCGACACCGACGGAGAUGCUUGGGGAAAAGGAUAAGCAGACCUCGGAAAGAGAGGUUUGA